CAAGGGCAAAAAGUGGGCAACAACAUAUUCCGAGAUCGCGAUCGGUGCAGUGAGCGAAACGGAGCAAAGCCGAAAUCCAAUUUGGUCUAUUUUUGUGAGCAAGAUCAGAGAGAGAGAGAGAGAGAGAGAGAGAGAGAGACAUGGAUGUAUAUUCGUGGUUUCGACGCAGUGUUUCAAGACCCGAGAACACCAAUAAACCCUCCUCUGCCAAUGCCCAACACAAGAAACUACAAUCUGAAGAAGAAUUAGCCUUUGGAAUCACUGACCAAUUAAUUGAAUUCAUCAAGACCUUCACUCUUGACACCUUCAACAACUUCCCUCUUCAAGAUGAAGAGGGAGCUAGUUGUGGUGCCGAGAAUCCGGCGACUACUGGGAAUGUUCGGAAGGAUCUUUCUGAUUGGCAACAACAACAUGCUACCCUUGUCCUUUCCAAAGUCAAGGAAAUGGCACAACUUAGGUUUAGACUCUGCCCUCGUCAUCUGAAAGAACGACAAUUUUGGAGAAUAUACUUUACACUUGUUAAGAGCUAUGUUACUGAAUACGAGCUGCGUGCCAUACAAUUGGCAAAACUUAGACAGAUGACGAUUGAGAACGAAUAUAUUUCGGAUACAAGUGCGUGCGAAGUUGAAAUGUCAGAGACAAAGCAAGCCACAAGUCUAGUUGAGCACAACUUGGAUUCCCUUACACAUGACAUUGAAAGUGGGAAGAAUGAGCCAGUAACUGCUGUGUGGGUCUGGUGGAGAUAAUUUAAGGUGUAGCACGAAGUAUUUUUGGAUUUGGGUCCUUGAUCCUUAUAACCAGCAAGUUGCCCACAAUACGAAGAGAAACUUGGGCAUUGUAUGGGGAAUGUUUAGGAUUUCUGACAAAUUAAAUCCUUAAACUGGACCUUUCAGACCUGUGAGUUACCAAAGUUACUUUCUGUUUGUGGCUUUUCCUUAUUCUUUUAUACUGUUUUAGUUUAAUGUUGUAAUGAUAUAAAAGAUGCAAAUUUUGUUGAUAAUUCUAUUAUUUAAUCACUUCUAAUUUUCAGGUUC